AUGGACGUUACGGUGCAACGCACCAACACGGGACGAUGUUGGGGCGGGAGCACGGGUAGUUGCUUAGUGACAGUAGUGCAGCCAGGGGGGAUGACCCGGCUCGGAGAUUUUAUUGGACUGGGUCACGGGGAAUGCGGCCCGGCAUGCCAUGGAAGCCCCGCUCGGAUCCCCAAUUCCAUGCUAGCAACGGUUUAUGACGACAGCAAUCAUGAUAACAGCAAUCAUGCUGGCCUCUGCUCCAACACACUCUCGACGCUUUUGAAGAAGAUCGACCAGCGAGCAAUCUGCCAUGGCGAGGGCCACAGGCUACAACCCGGCCUACUUAACCUAGGCGUGCUUUCACAUCCACCGCCUCGCCCAAUGAUCUUCCUGUCCUCCCCAUGUGAGUCCAGCAUGACCAUGUCCUCGUCCACGCCCUCUUCCUCGUCAAAAUCGCUCCUCGAGACCCUGGCUGCGCGCAUCGCCGCUAAUGCAGAGGCCAUCAGCGCCUUCAAUGCGCAACAUAGGCAUCCCAAUCGCUCGUUCGACCGGGAUGCGCCCACGACGUUGCUCCCCCCCGGUGCCCCGCAGGACCUGCGCGUCAAGCAGCAGGAGCUCAUCGACGCGGCGUCGGAGCUGCAGCUGCUGGCAACGGACGUGAAUGAAUAUCUGGUUCGCCAGGCUGUUAACAAUAACCAAUUCUACUGUCUUCGAUGGCUCUUCCAUUUCCGGAUCCCGACCCUAGUCCCCCUGGACAGGCCGAUCGCCUACUCGGAGCUGGCGGCCGCCGCCAAGGUACCCGAUUACCAGCUCAAGAGCAUCGCGCGCAUGGCGAUCCUGAUCGACUUCUUCACCGAGCCGGAGCCAGGCCUGCUGGCGCACAGCAGCACGUCAGCCGCGUUCGCGACGACGCCGAGCCUGCUCGAAUGGGGCUACUUCCUGACCAGCAUCUCGGCGCCCAUGACGACCAGGAUGGUCGAGGCGACCGAGCGCUGGGGCGCGACCGACGCCAAGAACCACACGGCGUACAACAUCGCCCACGACACGGACCUGCCCAUCUUCCAGCACGUGGCGUCGUCGCCCGAGCUGAGCAAGCAGUAUGCCUCGUACAUGAAGAACCAGACCAUGAGCGAGGGGAACAGCAUGCAGCAUGUCGUAAACGGGUUUGACUGGGCGUCGCUGGGCGAGGCCACUGUAGUCGACGUCGGCGGAUCAAUGGGCCACGCAAGCGCAGCGCUCGCCUCUGCAUUUCCGCACCUGAACUUGAUCGUCCAGGACCUGCCGGACACGAUCCGCAGCGCUCGAGCAGCAGCGGCAUCAGCAUCAUCAAACUGGUCCGAGUCGGUCGCAAAGCGGAUUACGUUCCAAGAGCACGACUUUUUCACGCCACAGCCCGUCGCGAACGUGGACGCGUUUUUCCUCCGGAUGAUCCUCCACGACUGGCGCUCGGCCGAAUGCGUCACCAUCCUGCGACACCUGAUCUCCGCAUUGAAGAAGCCCAACGGUCGGAUCAUCGUCAUGGACAUUGUCCUGCCGCGCGCGGGGGCCGGCUUCAGCAGCAGCAGCAACGGCAGCGCCAGCACUAAUAAUACUGAUAACACCAACGGCUCCUCCUCAUCCCCCGCCCUAACACCUUCCAAAACACAAGAAGCAGCGCUACGGGUACGCGACCUGACGAUGCUGCAAGCGCACAACAGCCACGAGCGGGACCUCGACGACUGGAUGCGCCUGUUCGCCGAGGCCGAUCCGGCCCUCAAGCUUCGGAACGUGGUGCAGCCGUUCAAGAGCGUCAUGGCCGUGAUGGAGUUGAGUUAUGGGGAUAAAUAA